UCGAAAUUAGCGGUUACCUGGGUGCCAUUGACCACCUAAAACGCUACCGGGCAACCUAAAAGUCCCGUCUUGGCUGCCCGGCUGGCAACCUAACAAAGAAACCAGCAGUAUAAACCAACACUUACAUAAUACUUCACAAAUGCCAAGGCACAUCCACAAAAUACUUUGGCUGAAAAAAAUAAAGACUCAAAGGCGUCAGAGCACUAAUUACAAUGAUCGUACUUCGUCAACGAACACGAUUAACAGCUGACAAUGCUGCCAGCUAUCCACCGCUCGCGCAGCCAGAGCGGAGAGCGUAUGCGCCAUGCCGGCACCAUCUGCCGGGGAGCGGGAGGCCUGGGUUUGCUAGCUAGCGCGCUAGCUCGAACUCCGAUCAUUCAACGCACGCGCUCGUCAUAGAUACCUAACUUAAUAAUACGUACGUAAGCCCUCGCGCGUACAGUAUCUAAUACCAUACCCCCCCCCCCCCCCCCCCCCCCCCCCCCCCCGGCCUGGGGUUACAAUUAAUUCUUUAUGAUUAUUCCUCUGUAGUUUGCAUGGAUUUACAUUUCGUAAAUAAUAAAUAUAACUAAUACAAAUCAAUGUUGAACAAAUUUUGUCUUUGAUUUCAAACUAUACUUUGCCUUACGUACAUGACGAUACAUGAUGCAUGUGAAUGAAAGUGAAUGUGAGUGACAAUGACAAUACAAUGACAAUGACAAUGACAAUAACAAUAACAAUGACAAUGACAAUGACAAUGACAAUGAUUUUUUAUUUCUUUAACGGCCCCUUCUGAGUGUUAAUUGACAACGAGAAAGUCUAAGAGAAAGAAAGUAAUAAGCAAGAUCAUGUGGCGUUACAUGAAUGUAUCGAAACCGAAUGAAGAGGGUGCAAAAAGAAAGGCAGACAAGGACAAAGAGUAUGAGGAAGAGAAAAGAUCAAGGAACUACCGAAAAGUAUGGGAGCAUGAUCAUAAGUGGUUGAAAUAUGAUGGAGAGAAAGGAGAAAUGUUCUGCCAGAUUUGUCGGGAGGCAGGUAUCAUGGGUGAGCCAGGCAAGAAAUUCAAUGCGUUUUAUCACGGCAGCACCAGCUUCAGGCUUAACUCGGUGAAAAAGCAUGGGGAGAGUGAAAAUCACCGCAAGGGAGUCGGCAUUAUGAGAGCUAGAAGGGCUGAGCCUGGAACAUCGAAGGCCGAAAAGAUGAUUCAUCUUCUCAACGAAAAAGCCGUUCAUCGUCUGAAACAUCUUUUCAGAAAUGCCAACGCAAUCGCUAGACACUGCAGACCUUUCACUGACUUUACGUGGAUGUGCUCGUUGGAUCGAGCCAAAGGACUCGACGUGGGAACAACGUAUCUAAAUGACCGUUCAGCUCAAGUGUUCGUUCAUUUCAUUGCUGAGGUGGAAAGACGCAAAAUGGUUGGUCGUGUGCAGGGGUCGAAGUUUGUAUCGGUCAUCAGCGAUGGAACAACCGACUCUUCCAUUACUGAAGACGAAAUAAUCUACAUCCGCCACUCUUGCGAUGGAACCAUUAACAUGGACUUUGUAGCUUUGGCAGGAGUGACUACUGCAAAUGCUGUCUCCAUCUACAAUGCAACUCUGCACGCACUCAGGGAGAGGAUGGAGAUGUCAGAAGCAGAGGUUUCCCGCAAGCUUGUAGGUUUCGGGUCAGAUGGGGCAGCAGUGAUGCUUGGGAAGACGGGUGGUGUUGCAGCCCUAAUGAAACAGCUAAACCCUGAAAUUCAGGCCGUUCAUUGUUGUGCACAUCGACUAGAACUUGCAUUCAAAGAUGCAAUGAAACGAUCUAAUAUGUGUACCCAGUUGAAUACACUGUUUCUCAAUCUCUACCUGUUCUAUAAGAACAGCUCUAAGAAUAGGAGCUCGCUGAAAGUCUCUGCCGAAGCUCAUGGCGAUCAUCCAGCUAUCCCUACACGUGUUGGUGGAACCAGAUGGCUGCCUCACCUCGAACGUGCCAUACGGAAUUUUCUUCGUGGAUAUCGAGCCAUGAUAACUCAUCUCCAUCAGGUUCAAGCACAGGAAAAAUGUUCUGGUGAAGCAAAGGCCAAGGCAAAGGGCUUCCAGAAGCUCCUGGAGCGCAAGGAUGUACUCAUGUACACUCUUUUCCUGUAUGAUGUUGUAACAGUCUUGUCGAAGGUGUCCCUUGUGGCACAGAAGUCAAUCUCAACAGUUGCCGAUGUUGCAGCAUCAAUUGAUGCGGCUGCAACUACCCUCGGAAUGUACAAUGAAAGAAAGUCAACACCACACAUGCUCCAAUUUGACGCACACUUCCAGGGGGAGUUGAAGGGCACUACCAGCAUUGAGGGUGGACUGACACAGCUGCUGGACAGUCUGGAGAGUAGCCUCCAAGGCAGAUUCCAGGACCUCAAUGACGGAGUCUGUGAAGCGAUGAAGAUAGUCAGCUUCAACUUCUGGCCAGAGGACACAAGUGAGUUUGGCAAUGAUGGUGUUCAAACAUUAGUGAGACAUUUCAACGAGUCACUGACAGCAGGAGGUGUGGACACCCUGAAAGUCAGUGUGGAAUGGAAUCUCCUCAAAGCGAGAGUCAACAGUGACAAGAAGAAAGGCAAGCCAUGGUCGGAAAUUAUCCCGGGCCUCAAGGAGGAGCUUCCCAAUAUCUGCUCUCUCAUCGACCUGGUACUGAGCAUACCAGCCAGCUCAGCAGAGGCGGAGAGGGGUUUUAGUAGACUGAAGCUUCUAAAGACCUCUAUCAGGAGUUCCCUGCUGGAUGACAGGGUGACGGAUCAGCUCCUCAUAAUGCUCCAUGGAUCAGAUGAGGAACAUUUUGAUCCAAUGCCAGCCAUCUCACUGUGGAACUCAGGAGCGAAGAGGUCAAGGAGACCAGACAUGUCUGGAGAUGUCCCUCAAGAUCCUGACACAGACUUGUCUGAAGAUGAAGUAGUACCGAUGGACAUUAAUAGCGAUUCAUCCGAUAACUGAAGUGAUCAAUUAAACCCCUCGAUCACCUGACACCCUCCUCACCUGCCAAUAUUACUUGCUGCCAAUGCCCCUGUAUUAAUGAUAAUCAAUAACUUUUUUCUUGCUCUGACUGUGAGAAUUAAAUCUUGCAAAAAUUCUCAAUUGAAUAUCUGGAUUAAAGUCAAAAUUACCUGUGACCUGUGACCAACAACUACACUUGUGACAAAGCCAGGUAAAUUUGACUCUGUUUUCUGCAAUGACUUCUUUAUUCAAUUGACAUUUUUGCAAGUUAUUAUUCCUACAGUCAGAUCAAGAAAAGAGUAAACCCCCAAAAUCAUAUUUUUAAACAGUCAUGUAAUAAUUUUUUCUUCAUUUUUCUUCUCCCAUCAAUGCAACUAAGCCCUGCCCAAUGAAAAAAAAUGAAAGAACCUUUUACCGCUUGUGACUUCACAGCCAGCUAAAAUGAGCAUAACUAUAUGGUAUAUAAUUAUAUGUAAGGUGGCAUUGAUUGUGAUAGCUGGAUGAAGAAAAAUGGACCAUUUGUUGGGUAAUGUUUUUAUCAAACACUACUUGCAAAGACAUGUAUUUUGCUUUGAUCAGAUCGAAGGAAUAAAAACAAACACUAGUAAGUCACUGACUUGACUAGUUGAACUUGUGAAAG